UACUUAAAUUGCUCGUGAAUCUCAAUCCCACCUUGUCUUUCCAUCGUCGACGACGAUCUCAUCUCUUUGCAGCAGCACCAACUCCGCCCCUUCUGCCGUCUGGAUAUCUUCGUGUUCACAUCGACCCGAUCCCAUCGAGAAGAGGGAACAGGGCAUAUCACGUUAGGAAGUGGUUUGAUUCGAUCCGAUCGACAUGGAUCUCGAGCUGAGGGCGGCUCGGGAGAAGCUGGAGAGGGAGCAGAGGGAGCGCAAGGAGCGGGCCAAGGCCAAGCUCGAACGGGAGAAGCGGGCCAAGGCGGAGGCUGCCCGCCAACGCGACGCCAUCGAGGCUGCCCAGCGUUCCAAGCGCCUCGACGCCGCCCGCGCACAACUCGAGGCGGAACGACAAAUGGAAGAAAGCAUGCUUCGAGGAAACGGAGUCAUAUUUUCCCAUACACUUGAAGCUGUACCUUUUAAUGGGUUUGGAGAUAAAAUCAAAUUACCACCUUCAUGCUUUAGAGAAUUGUCUGAUCAAGGGGCCCUGGAUAAAGGUCCCAUGUAUUUCAGGCUGUCAAUAAUUAACGAGUUGGUUCCAUUAGAUAAUAAUGCUACUGACCAAAGAGAACAUCAAGCAACUCAUUCAGGAGUUUUGGAAUUUACUGCGAGGGAGGGUUCAGUGGAAUUACCUCCACAUGUAUGGAGCAAUUUACUUUCUGGUGUCAGUCUAGAUGUUCCUCUUGUCGAGGUGCACUAUGUUAGCUUGCCCAAAGGAACUUACGCAAAAUUACAAACAGAUGGGAUGGGCUUCUCUGAUAUUCCAAACCACAAGGCUGUACUUGAGACAACUCUACGCAGACAUGCAACACUUUCUCAAGGUGAUAUCAUCAGUGUCAGUUAUGGGGAACUGAACUACAAGUUAAGAGUUCUUGAACUAAAACCCGAUUCAAGUGUUUCUGUUCUAGAAACAGAUAUUGAAGUUGAUAUAGAAGGACCUGAUUCUGCUCUAGAGACUAAUAGGAGUCAGCACAUGCUUAGACCACUUGUCAUGGGAAAGACUGAAGAAGGAAUUGUGGAAGAAGGAAAUUUUAAUUAUUACAAGUUCUCUGUUGAGGAUGCUAUGAGUGACAAAGUUACAUCUGGUCAGAUGAAUGUUGAAGUAAAGAUUGAGGCAGAUCAAAGUGAUGGUGAUACCAAUGUAUAUGUAUCAAGGCAUCCAUUGAUAUUCCCAACCCAGCAUCGUCAUGAAUGGUCAUCUCAUGAGAUGGGUUCAAAAGUUUUGAUAAUCAGACCGAAGGAUCCAAGCACUGUUGCUGGUACCUAUAGCAUUGGUGUCUUUGGUUUUAAAGGCAUGACAAAGUAUCAUAUCUGUGCGGCUUUAAAAGACAAUGUUAAGCAAAAGAUUGGGGGUUAUGCUACUGCUUCAUCUCAAAUUGAUAUGGAAACUGUUGAAUGCCGAAACUGUAAACACUAUAUAUCCAGCCGCAGCAUUUUACUCCACGAGGCAUAUUGCAUUCGGCACAAUGUUCUUUGCCAACAUAAUGGUUGUGGUGUUGUCCUCAGGAAGGAAGAAGCAGCAAACCAUAUGCAUUGUGAUAAAUGUGGCCAAGCCUUCCAACAGGGACAGAUGGAGAAACACAUGAAGGUGUUUCAUGAGCCACUUCAUUGUCCAUGUGGAGUGAUACUAGAGAAGGAACAAAUGGUCCAGCACCAAUCGGCAAUUUGUCCUCUUCGUUUGAUUACAUGCCGUUUCUGUGGAGACAUGGUGCAAGCUGGAAAUACACCAGCAGAUGCUCGGGAUCGUCUUAGAGGACUUUCAGAACAUGAGAGUAUUUGUGGGUCCAGAACAGCACCAUGUGAUUCAUGCGGGCGCUCUAUCAUGCUGAAGGAAAUGGACAUUCAUGUGAUUGCUGUUCAUCAGAAGAGCUAACUGCCCGACAUCUUUUACAUCUUGAUUCAUCUUGGAUGCUCAUCUCCGAGGUAUCAGCCACUUGAGUCUCUGUGUGCCUGGUGUUUCUUGUUAAGCUUUGGAUUGACACAUUAUCAUAACUGAAGUGCAUUUACAUUAAAUAUUAUUGUAAAUUUAGAUUCCUGAUUCCCCUUUCAUGGUUUCUAAUUACAGCAUUUCACCUAUCUUGGUUAUUGUUAUGUAAUAACUGGCCUUUUGAAAGGUGUAGAUGCACUUGCUCUAUGUGGAAAUAAAUGACUACAGUAUUUAGAUAGUGA